AUGGGUAGGAAAAUUACAAAUCCCGUCCUACGCAUGUAUUUUGUGUACAAUGUGUCAACUAAUACAAGCACUUGCACAAUUUUGGAUUGUCCACAUCCUGUACGCAGUGGAUGUCAUGCAGGGAAUUUGGAAAAUCAUGUCAAGGCAUUCCACCAAAAUGAAUAUAAAGAACUUUUAAAAGAAAAGUCAAAAGUAUCAUCAUCCUGUCAUAAUGAAUAUGAACCUUCAUCGAGCAUUGUAAAGAAGCAAAAAUAUGGACCAUUGGACAAAAUGAUUUGUGUAACUAAAACAACACUAACAAAUGUUAAAUUAAAUAAAAAGAAUAUCAUUGAAGCUUGUGUUCAGCUAGUUACAACAAAUGGAAGGCCUUUUACACUUUUAAACGAUACUGGCUUCAGAAUGAUAAUGGAUCCAAUCAUGAACUCUAUCGGUGGUGUACUAAGAACUCAAUCAUAUGCAGCCCUUUUAAAAAAAGAAAAUAUGAAUUUAUGUAUUCUUGACAUAGUUACAAGGUGGAAUUCUACAUAUCUUAUGUUAUUACGUUUAAUUGAGCUUAAGCCUUUUUGUACGGACCACCAACUAAUUAAUACAGAUUUAUUUUUAAAUACACGAGAUUGGGAUCGUAUUGAUAAUUUGGUAAAAUCCCUUCAACCAGCAUUUUUGUGUACUAAAUUGUUACAAAAAAAAGAUUUAACACUGGGGGAUUUCUAUGGAAUUUGGAUUCAAACACAAAAUAAAUUAAAUCUAAUCAAUACGUCCAUUUCAAAAUCAGUUUUGCAUUUUAUGAAGAUUCGCCAAGACAAAUUAUUAGAAAAUGAUGUUUUUAUUGCAACCAUUUAUUUAGAUCCUCGUUAUUUGUGCCUACUAAAUGCUGCUACUAAAAAAAAAGCUGUUAGUCAUCUGCUUACAACAUGGUCACUGAAAGAGUCCCUUUCGUUAACGGCAAUAGCAAUAGAGAAUUCAAAUAAGGAAUUGGUUGAGCCAGCAGCCCUAGAUGACGAUUCUAAUUCUUUAGAAAAAGAAACAAGUGUCAUCACAGAUGAUUUUGAAGAGUUUAUAAGAACAACUUCACAACCUAUAUCUACAGCUAAUAGCAUUAACCUCAAUAAUUCAAUUAAUGAUAUAAAAAAAAAAAUUGAAGAUUUUGCAAAUACUGAUAGAGUUCAUUAUAAGGAAAAUGUGGUUCAGUAUUGGUUGGCAAAGAAAAAUGAAAUGCCUCAGUUAUUUGAGCUUGCAGAAAUUGUUAUGGCUGUACCAGCUACUCAGGUGAGUGUGGAACGCAGUUUCUCAGGACUUAAGUUCAUUUUGUCAGACUUAAGAUCUUCAUUAUCCAGUCAAAUGUUGGAAAACAUCUUGAUAAUACGAGGAAAUAGCUUAUAA